AUGGCCCCCAAGCCUCUCCGCAUCGGUGUUCUGCUGGUCCACUGCGUGCAACUACUGGACCUGGCGGCCCUGGACCUGCUGUUCAUGGCGAGUCCCGAAUGGCUCGAAGAUAUCAGUAUGCCUCAGCACCUCGUGGAUCUUGGCCGGCCUUGUGAGAUCCAUUACAUCACGCGUGAAGGUCCCAACACCAUGGCCCCGGCGACAUCUCAGCUCUCCAUCCAGGUCACCGACUCUCUCCAGGAUUCUGCGGUCGCUCCGGGCGCACUCGACAUUCUCUUCGUGCCGGGACCGGCCCCUCGUGCCAUGCCUCCGGCAGAGGAGUAUCUGGAGUUCACUCGACAGCACAACACGGCCGGCACCACCAUCAUAACCAUCUGCACAGGAUCUUUGGUGGCCGCACAUGCGGGGAUCACCAAGGGCCGGGUCGCCACGGCACCUCGAUUCCUGAUCUCAUAUAUGAAGAAGACUUUUCCCGAGACCAAGCGUUGGGAUGAGAACAUGCGAGUCACUCGUGAUGGGAAUCUGUGGAUGUGCGGCGGCGUCACCAAUGGUCACGACUUGAUGGCCGAGUAUCUUCGAGAAAAUUAUCCCGCAGCGGUCGUCAACACCGUCCUCGGUGCUGCCGAUGUGACUCCCCGGGCUCUUGAAUACGACACAUCGGCCACUCGAGACUCGGCUUUCUUCAUGUGGCAGAUUGUGCGGGCGAUUCCUAGCUCCAUUCUCCGGAUGCUCACAGCUCGUUGA